AUGGGAUCAAGACGGCUGUUUCUUGCCGCCAGCCAUCGCUUUGACUACGGCGGCAAGAUUGCCUUCAGUCGCCGUGCCAUGGACACCCAACCCAUCGUCUCGUCCGCGUCUGAAGACGCGAACUCGCCGGACGGGGUCACGGGCGAGGAGGACAGCGAGCAAAUGUCGCCCGCGGACACCAACACGUACGCCACCAAAAAGACGGUGGCCCAAGGUUGCUACGACGUCGCCCUGCUCACUAUGAACGCGGCGCAGCUGAAGCACACGCUGGAGCAGGGGCGCCGCCACCCGUUCUACGCUCUCGUCGUAGUCCUCGCCAGCGUCUCCAUUGUACUGCAGGUCGUCGUUGGAGUCCUGCUGAUCGUGCUCGGUUGCCUGGACCUCGGCAAACCGCGUCACCGGGGUCCCGCCAUCGUGCUCAACAACGUGGCGACGGCGCUCGUCAUGUCGGUGACGAUCGUGAACGUUCUCGCCGCAUCAUUCGACCUGAGCCACAGCAACUACGUAUCUCUGACACCGCCGGCCUUUCCCGGCACCGAGUUGAACAACGAGCUCACAACGCAGAGCUUUUGACGCCCCUGUCUAUUGCGCCCCGAUUAUUCGGGUGUAGAGAACCUAUCCAAGGUGUAUCAAUAA